UUGCACGAUCCGACCGAGUAGUCAAACUCUAGGCAUUUUCUCCUAAUACAAGGCGACCCUUCCUAUACCAUGAUUUUAACAGGAAAAAGACACUUCUAGGCGUUCAUAGAUUUCAGUGUUAGAAGGCAUACACACAAUGACUAGACUUAAAAAGGUGAUAGCAGGACUGCUCGUUUUAAUCCUUUUGAUAAAUGCUGCAGUCAUUAUUGUUGCUUUUCUUCUGAGGCCAAAACACAGAAUUCAUAAAUUGACAGUCGACAACAGUAUUCUCACUGACCUUGAACGCAUUGGAGUACAAACUGGAGUACUAAAUGUCGAUGAUUUAGUACCUGUCAAUGAGCCAUUAGACAGUGCGUUUUCUCAGAAAGUUUUUAUAUCAACGAUUGGUUUAUCUGGUAUUGAAAUUUUAAUGUCCCUUCUAGUGCUGCUGAUCUUGCUGAAAGCCAAAGAAGGUUGGAGAUUAAUAUGGAUGAUACUAUUGGCAAUUUGUAUUGUUCUAAGCAUCGUUACCACUGUGCUAUUUGUAACACAAUCAGUCAAACAAAGGAGGUUGGAGGACCCUAUAGACAAAAACCUGAACAACAGCGAGUUUUUUAUAAAGCUGAAAAGUAAUAUGAGUGCAUCUCUGACUAAAAAUUAUACCAGUGAUAGCACAGAUACAGACAACAAUGUAUCUGACAGCUGGAACUUAAGAUUUUUCAUCGGGCGUAAUUGUUGCGCUGUUAACCCGAUAAACUCUACCACGAAUGACUUUGACACAACACCAUGGUGUACAACAUCUGGAGAUUGUCAGAUGACCAACUCACAGAUACCAAAGACAUGCUGUGCAAGCUACAAUGCAAAGAAUCCUUCAGAGACAAAUAGCAGAUGUUACGAAUAUGUAGAGUCAGGCUUCUAUAAAAUGGGAUGCUUUAAUGUAGUAAAACGUGAGCUUCAAUUUCAUAAAGAUGAUUAUAUCCAACGACAAAAGGAACAACAAAAGAAUCAAAACAAGUAUUUUAAGGAUGUUACCAUAUAUUGGAAAAUUUUAAGUUACAUAAAGGGUGCCUCCUGUUUGUGUUCUAUUUCCUGUUUCAUUCUCAGUGUGAUUUUGUUCAAGAAAUGCCAAAAUAAGGACACAAAAACAGAGAUGAAAACAAUGAAGUGAACGCAUUCGACAAAUCAAAGCAACCAAGUUGUUUUUUCGGAACAUGUAACGUAUUAUAACAUCCUUCAGGAAUAUAUAUUUACAUUCACUAAAAAUUUGUUCCUUUAUUUCUUAUGAAAAAACUGCUCUUCAUUUCUCCGUAAACAUGUCAAUUCCUAAGCCACCUGAUAUUUGGGCUUUUCUUAAAGUAAUCUGCCGGCGUAUGAAUAUGGGAGACAUUCUUUGGACUACUUUUUAAAAGUACUUCUAAAUGUAAACAUUCAAACGUAUUUUGACAGUGCUUAUUGACAUGUCAGUCGCAAUAUUAAAAAAAUAUGAAAAAUAAA